CUUACAAGCAGCUGUUGCGCUCCGCUGACGAGUGGACAGCUCGGUUAGCUUCCCAUGUGCUCGUCCCAUAUUAAAGUGAAUGCUUGUGAAAAUUAACUAAUUAAUCAACUGAAGCCGGUGUAAUGGGAACUAAAAAGGUCAAAAUCAGCUCGGUGAAGCGGGCCGCUCACCUGAAGUCGAAAAAAACACCACUUUCGAAGCAGCAGCAACAAAAACAGAAGCAAAAGCGCGAUCAACUGAAAUCGAAACGCGAACAGGGCCAGAAUAUAUUCUCCCAAAAGGCGAGAAAGCGUGACAACUUAGCACAGCGUAAGAAGCACAACAAAUUGGCCUCCCUGGGCUUGGAUCCGCUCGAGGAAGACAACGAGGAUGGCGACGAUGAGAUGCUUGAUAACGUUGCGGACAUGCUGGAUGGCGAUGAUCUUGCCCUGCUGCAGGCUAACAAACGCAAGCGAAAGUCCAAGCCGACCGGAGAGGAGGAUCCUGACCAAGGCCAAUCUAUCGGCUUAGAAAAGGCCUACGCCUCUGACACGAAAAAAGAACAGGAUGUGCAAAAGAUAAAGCUGGAUUUGCUGCCAAUCAAGUCCAGGGACGGACAGAUUAUCACCCGUACCACAGAGGUGGAUUACAUACCUAAGUCCAAGCUGAAAAAGAAAAAUGAAGAACAACAGGAGGAUGAUUCCGAGGAAGAUGCUGAUACGGAGUAUGAGGACAGCGAUGACGACGUGGUCAACGAUGUCGAGGCCACGUCCGCUGCUCCCGUCCAAAAACUUAUAUCUACCACGGAUCUACUUAUUGCCCGACAGCAGGAGAUCGAGCGCCAGAAAUAUCGCAUUGGAAUCAUUUGUUCCGGGUUGCUCGAAAAACCAGAGGACAAGAUGCGCAACUUUCAUGCCCUGUACGAACUCAUGGACGAAAUCAACCCAGCCAGCCGACAGGCUAACCUAAUGGCCGUCAGAAAGCUGGCCAUAAUCUCGGUCACCGAGAUAUUUAAAGACAUCUUGCCCGAGUAUCGAGUGGGUCAGGUGGACACCAAGAUGCAGACGCUUCGCAAGGCCACUCUGGAUCGUGUAACCUUUGAAAACGCCUUGCUUCAACAGUUUAAAAAGUUCCUACAGAAACUGGAACAGAUCACAGCGCAAGUGAACAGGCGAGGUGGCCUAAGGACGCCCCAGACUGUCAAGUUGGCCACCGUUGCAGUACAGUGCAUGUGUGAUUUGCUUGUGGCACAUCCCUACUUUAACUACGUACAAAACAUUGCCCAGCUCCUGGUGUAUAUGCUGAAUUGUAAUUAUCCGGAGAUGCGAACGGCGGUCAAUCAGUGCUUCCGCACAGUCUUUUCCAACGACAAGCGGUUAGAAAUGACUCUUUUUAUAGUGCGGCGCAUCAACCACUUGAUCAAAACAAAGCAAAACAAUGUUCAUGUGGAGUGCAUUACUUGUCUUAUGGGCCUUAAAAUUAAGAACGUAAACCUAGAUGCCGAAAAGGAGAACGAGCUGAAGCAAAAGAAGCUUGAGUCGCAUCGUCAACGCUUACUAAGUUUGUCCAAGAAAGAGCGCAAAAGACGUAAGAAGCUCACCGAGGUUAACAGAGAACUAGAGGAAACCCGUGCUGAGGAAAACAAGCAAGCAAAGCAUCAGAAGCUCACCGAGAUCAUAAAGAUGGUUUUUACCAUUUAUUUCCGCGUGCUUAAAAACGAUCCUACUUCCCGCGUGCUAAGCGCUAUUCUAGAAGGAUUGGCAGAAUUUGCGCACGUCAUUAAUUUGGACUUUUUUGCUGAUCUGAUCGAUGUGCUUAACCGCAUUCUAGAGGACCAAGACGAACUAGGCUAUCGAGAGCGAUUGCACUGUGUUCAGACCAUAUUUGUUAUCCUUUCCGGCCAGGGUGAGGUGCUAAACAUCGACCCCAUCCGAUUUUACCAGCACUUUUACCGAAAUAUGCUGGCGGUGCAGGCGGGAAAGAAUCACGAUGAUUUCACCAUAAUUUUGCGAACUUUGGAUGAGGUGUUGGUAAAGCGUCGUCGCAAUAUGAGCCAGCAGCGCCUAAUGGCCUUCAUGAAACGCUUGCUUACUGGAAGUCUGCACCUGCUCCAUAAUGGCACCCUGGCCACGCUUGGCACCAUAAAACAAACCUUCCAGCUCACUUCUGUGCUCGACAACCUAUUGGAUACGGACACUACGAUAGGAUCUGGUCGUUACGAUCCCGAACUGGACGAUCCUGAGUACUGUAACGCAGCCAGCACAGCGCUUUACGAGCUUGCGCUUCUGGCACGUCACUAUCAUCCCACGGUGCGACGGAUGGCUGUUCACAUUGCUCAUGGAGUGCCAGCAUCGGGCGAGGGAGCUUUGCCCACGGAAAUCGGCAAACUUACCUCCCACGAGCUGUUUACGCAAUUCGACAGCACUCAGAUGGCUUUUAACCCUACAAUACCGCUGCCAAAAGCGAGUCAACCGAAGCUGAAAAGGGGCAAGCACUUGUAUAUCCGCUCGGACUUUAAGCAGGUGUACGGAAAACUGCUGCAAAAAGGAAAAGUUCCACAAGCGAAAGAUAAACAGACCUUAGAAAUUGAUUUCUUCAGUGCAUUUCAAUAAAGAAUACGUUGAAGAUAGAA